AAUAAUAAAAGCUUUUUUGAGUUCGAGCAGUGAAGUAGUGUCGGGAGAAUCGGUAUCGGAGCAAUUCGAAUCGCAAAGUAGAUCAAAAUGAAUCAUAGCAUAGUGGUAGCCGCGUUGGUGAUGUUACUUUGUACUGCGUCAGUGUUAUGUGGUUAUUGUGACAAUUACUAUAAACAGCUAAAUAGAAUCGAUUCCACGCUAAACCAGAUAGCCAGGGAGCACAGUAUCGGCUUUUAUGGAUAUGAACAAACCUAUAGCGAAAAGGCCAAGUAUGUGAUAGAUCAACUACACGCCAAGAUCGUCAACCUCAACAGAAAUCGAGGCUCAGGUCAGUGCAAGGCGUUGGAGGAUGAAAUCGACAGAAUGAAUGCAGCGUUUUUCAUCGAGAAGGAAGGUCUGGAAGACUACACGGUUCGAUUGCAGAAAUUGUCCCGCUACCUGAACGAUCGUGACGAACUUCAACUCAAGGAAGUGGAAAAACAGAAAACUUUGCAAAUGUUGUGCAGAGAGAAAAAUUUGGACCUGAACGAUGCUGUGAGGGCAAUGAACAAAACCAUCAAUGAGCAUGCGGCAAAGAUUCGAGACCAAGGUGCACAAAUCGCGAAGCUGCAAGAAGAGAAACGCAAGCUGGUUGCAAAAGUCAACAAAAACGCAGCGGCUAUUGAUGGCCAAACUGGAACCGUUACCGGGACCGAAGAGCCAGUUGUGGCGAAGGAUGUGCGAACUUCUGGUGAUGGGACCGAUGAAUUACAAGCACCGAUUACGAACACCACUGAAAGAGUAAAAAAUGAUGCCUCAUUAGUUGAUGGAAAACAAAAGUAAAUCAACGACGAUUAGCGGCGUUCAAUUCGUGUAUGUGGGACAAGCAGUAAUGAAAACACUUUAUUGAUAACAAAAAAAAAUCAGGCGAAAUUGUGUACAAUAAGCUUCGAGCAAAUGUUUCGUAAACUUCAGAAUAUAAAUACACUGAAAACCCCCCGCA